GAGUGAGUGAGUGAGAGAGAGAGAGGGAGAGGAGAGGAGGAGGAGGAGGAGGGAGAAGGGAACAACCUACCAUCUUAACACACUAAUAUCUAAAAAGUGCGAGAGGCCCAGAGCAGCAGCAGAAGCAGCAGCAGCAGCUCCAGCUUCUUCCCUCCCUCCCCAUGAAGAAGAGUUCCCUCCUCCUCCUCCUCCUGCUUCUCCUGCUCAGAGUUCCUGCCUCCAGCUGCCAGGGGGGACAACCAGCCAGCAGCAGGAGGGGAGCAAGAGAGUUGAAGGAGAGCCAGUUUCCCCAAAAUUGGACUUCUCAGAACCUUUAAUAUGCUAAUGUGCAUUGUGAAUCUCCAAGAGGGGGAUAUGAUAUGCAGCAUUCUUGAAUACUUCUAAUGACAGGGAGCCCACUACCUCAUAAGCUGCAGUGAGAAGAGGAGUUUGUUAUUUUAAACGGAGGCUGAAGAAACUGUAGACUUAGCAGACAUAAGAGAAAGUGGAGAAGGUGGAGGAUGGAGUUGCAGACUCUACAGGAGGCUCUUAAAGUGGAAAUUCAGGUUCACCAGAAACUGGUUGCUCAAAUGAAGCAGGAUCCACAGAAUGCUGAUUUAAAGAAACAGCUUCAUGAACUCCAAGCCAAAAUCACAGCUUUGAGUGAGAAACAGAAAAGAGUAGUUGAACAGCUACGGAAGAACCUGAUAGUCAAGCAAGAACAACCAGACAAGUUCCAGAUACAGCCGUUGCCACAGUCGGAAAACAAACUACAAACAGCACAGCAGCAACCACUGCAGCCGCUGCAGCAGCAGCAGUACCACCACCACCACGCGCAGCCGGCCGCGCCCUCCCCCAGCCUGACCGCUUCCCAGAAGACUGUAACUACAGCUUCUAUGAUUACCACAAAGACACUACCUCUCGUCUUGAAAGCAGCAACUGCGACCAUGCCUGCCUCUGUUGUGGGCCAGAGACCUGCCAUUGCUAUGGUGACCGCCAUCAACAGUCAGAAGGCUGUGCUCAGCACUGAUGUGCAGAACACACCAGUCAACCUCCAGACGUCUAGUAAGGUCACUGGGCCUGGGGCAGAGGCUGUCCAAAUUGUGGCAAAAAACACAGUCACUCUGCAGGUUCAGGCAACACCUCCUCAGCCCAUCAAAGUACCACAGUUUAUCCCUCCUCCUCGACUCACUCCACGUCCAAACUUCCUCCCACAGGUUCGACCCAAGCCUGUGGCCCAGAAUAACAUUCCUAUUGCCCCAGCACCUCCUCCCAUGCUUGCAGCUCCUCAACUUAUCCAGAGGCCUGUCAUGCUGACCAAGUUCACUCCCACGACCCUCCCUACCUCCCAGAAUUCCAUCCAUCCCGUCCGUGUCGUCAAUGGGCAGACUGCAACCAUAGCCAAAACGUUCCCUAUGGCCCAGCUCACCAGCAUUGUGAUAGCUACUCCAGGGACCAGACUCGCUGGACCUCAGACUGUACAGCUUAGCAAGCCAAGCCUUGAAAAACAGACCAUUAAAUCCCACACGGAAGCAGAUGAGAAGCAAACAGAGAGCCGUACUGUCACUCCGCCUGCCGCACCCAAACCAAAGCGGGAGGAGAACCCUCAGAAACUUGCCUUCAUGGUGUCUCUAGGAUUGGUAACACAUGACCAUCUAGAAGAAAUCCAAAGCAAGAGGCAAGAGCGGAAAAGAAGAACAACAGCAAACCCGGUGUACAGUGGAGCGGUCUUUGAGCCAGAGCUACCUUUCCUUCUUCAAUCCUCAAAGCGUAAGAAGAGUGCGGUCACAUACCUGAACAGUACAAUGCAUCCUGGGACCCGGAAGAGAGGUCGUCCUCCAAAAUACAAUGCAGUGCUGGGGUUUGGAGCCCUUACCCCAACAUCCCCCCCAUCCAGUCAUCCUGACUCCCCUGAAAAUGAAAAGACAGAGACCACAUUCACUUUCCCUGCACCUGUUCAGCCUGUGUCCCUGCCCAGCCCCACCUCCACAGACGGUGAUAUCCAUGAGGACUUCUGCAGCGUUUGCAGAAAAAGUGGCCAGUUGCUCAUGUGUGACACGUGUUCCCGUGUGUAUCACCUGGAUUGCUUAGACCCCCCUCUGAAAACGAUUCCCAAGGGCAUGUGGAUCUGUCCCAGAUGUCAGGACCAGAUGCUGAAGAAGGAAGAAGCAAUCCCAUGGCCUGGAACUUUAGCAAUUGUCCAUUCCUAUAUCGCCUACAAAGCAGCAAAAGAAGAAGAGAAACAGAAAUUACUCAAAUGGAGUUCAGACCUAAAACAAGAGCGAGAACAACUAGAGCAGAAGGUGAAACAGCUCAGCAAUUCUAUAAGUAAAUGCAUGGAAAUGAAGAACACCAUCCUGGCCCGGCAGAAGGAGAUGCACAGCUCCCUGGAGAAGGUCAAACAGCUGAUCCGCCUCAUCCACGGCAUCGACCUCUCCAAACCCGUAGACUCUGAGGCCACUGUGGGGGCCGUCUCCAACGGCCCGGACUGCACCCCCCCUGCCAACGCUGCCACCUCCACGCCGGCCCACUCCCCCUCCUCCCAGAGCUGCACAGCGAACUGUACCCAGGGGGAUGAGACUAAAUAACAGCGCCCCACGGGGAGAAGCCACGGGGUCCCGGCGGCAAGGAGAGCAAAAACACUGAAGACUCUAGAAAAGCAAAGCCGGAUUUCUUCUGGAAAGUGCGGAAUUCUUUUGGUUCUUUGGUUCCAGAGAGAGAGGAGAUGCUUGUGCCAGGUGGCACCGGAGUUUGCCAAUUGAUCCUUCCUAUUCUGUGUGUACACGCGAAGAUUGGACCAUGUUACAUGAAAUAGUGCCAGCUGGAGGUUCUUUGCCAGCACCAUGCCAAGUGAAAUAAUAUAUUUACUCUCUCUAUUAUACACCAGUGUGUGCCUGCAGCAGCCUCCACAGCCACCGUGGGCUUGUUUUUGUUUCGUUGGGUGGGGAGCAGGGACGGGCCGAGGGAGGAGAGCAGGUUUCAGACCCUUAUUUGCCGAGCCGUUUGUUUAGGUAGAGAAGACGAGUCCAAAGAGUGUGUGGGCUUUCCUGUUUCUAAACUUUCACUACUAUAAAACCAAAAAAAAAAAAAAAAAAAAGAAAAAAAAAAGACAUCAAGAUUUAACCAACCCCAGUGCCCAGAGGAGGGAUGGGAGGGACUGGGAGGGAGCCGGGGUGGGAAAAAUAUAUCAAAUAAGCAGUAUUUCAUACCGUCUGGGGAGGGGCCCGGUGCACGGAGAGGUGGGCGGCCUUCUCCCUCGCACCCUGCUUCCCGCCGCGGGCUCCCCCUCCACUCCCCGCGUUCCUUCCCUGCUUUGGCAAAUUGGCGCGCAUCCCCGCGGGUGAUCCGGGCACCUUCCCUCUCCGAGAACGAGCAGGGCCGGCCUCCGCUGGCCAACGCCCGGGCAGGGAAGAAGGGUGUGUGUGUCGAGGAAGGAAGAACGGUGGAUCAGUGAUUUUUACUUGAAAACAAGCUCCAUCCCUUUUCUAUAUUUAUAAAGAAGAGAAGAUUCUGAGCGAAGCAGCACGCGACCCAGGUGUGUGUGAACUGAAUGGAGAUGUUUCUUUCCUCUUUUUUUAAAUUUUUUUUUCUUUAAGAAAAAGUUUUAUUUUGUUGUUUACUUUACUUUUUUGGUAACAAAAAACUAAAAUAAGGAAUAGAAAAGCUGUUUUUCAAGCUGACAGUCAAUUAAGGGUAGUCGAGGCCGUGCAUGGUAGAAUAGGAAUCAUAGUGUCAGUGAGGUCCAGUGAGUCCGUGUGAGUCCUGUGUCAUCGUUCGGGGCACUGUUUUUAUGCAAGGGCAAAAAUCUUUGUAUCUGGGGAAAAACAACAACAACUUUUUUUUAAAUUAAAAAGGAAAAUAAAAGAUAUUGAGGUCUUCCUAGUGUUACUUAAAUUAAGAUCAAGGUAAGAAACAUUGUAAAAAAAAAUUACAAAAGUGCUAUUUGUUUCCUAAAAACAGUGAUUUCUAUUAAAAAGGUGUCAGAACUGGAGAAAAUGCUGUGUAGUUAUAAUUUUUUAGCACAGAACCUGCUGAUCAUGAUGACAUUUUGCUGUGUUUGUGUCUCAAGACUGGUGGGCUAGUCUCUGUGACUUCUGUCCUCUGGACGCUGCAGCCCUGAGGGGCAGCGUGAGCCCUCCUGCCACUCUGCCCUCCCUGGGAAGGACAGUCCUCUCUUCUUGGAGCAGGGGUCUGGGCUCCUGUUUUCAAAGCUCAAACGGAGUGUGGAUGGGAUCUGGGCCCUCCCCUCCCCAUUGUCUCCUCGGAUUUUGCUAGAGCAAAAGGCUGGUGCCUAAAUAAGAUCCCUUCCUUUGGUGCUGCUUUCAGCCUUUCAGCCACCAGCAUUGUGAGUGUCUGGGGGACAGCUUCGAAGGACUUGGCCAGUGACGAGAACCUUGGUGGGAGGGGGCAGGGGGCAGGCUGGCUGCAUCAGCCCUUGGUGCUUAGAAAGAACAGAGGAGUGAGAUGUUUUGAGGGUACCUGGUGUCUCUGAGACGAAGAGCCCCAGGGAGGCCUUUGUGUCUGUCUUGCCUUUGAAGAGGUCUGAACCUCCAGCCGCUUGCUCGGCCUGUUGGCUCCAGGUACAGGAGAUGGAGUUUACCGCCCUUCGCGAAUUCACAAGCUUCCCGGGUGACCUGUGGCUGCAAUGCCUGUGCUUGCCUUGGCUCGGCCAGUCUCCUUCUUGAGAAAAGCAGGGUUCUGAAAGACUCGGAUCCUUUUGCCUUGUGGGAAGUGAAUUUGUCAGGUGUGUGCUCCCACCAGAGAUCUUGGCCCCAUCGCAUUAUCUGGGCCCAAAGAAGGAAGGCAGGCGCUCUGUGCCGCAGCCCACCUGUACUGCCUGAUGGCCAGGGUCUAGGAGAGGCAGAAAAGGUCCAGUUCAUUUCUCCCUCACCCAGUUAGGCCCAGAUAAUCCCAGUUAGAAACCUGAAAGCAAAUGCCAGAGAGAAAGAGACACUUAGGUCAAAUAUGCCUCACGUCUACUGGCUGUUUCCUCUUCCAGGAAUGUUAGGGGGCUGAGGAUGGCUCCACAGGCCUCAGAGUCAGACCCUGGCUGCAAAGUUGCCUGAGUGGGACUUUUCUCCUGCAGAAACCAAGGUGCUACGACUGGCCAGGGAGCCUUGGAGAUGCCUGGACUAGUUGGAGAAAUAGUUGGCGGAGGGUGCGAGCCCAGCAGCAGGCUGUACGCCCGCUCCUGAGCUCUCCCAUUUGACUUGUCUGGGCCACACAAUACCUAUCUUGUCUUGAAAGAAGUUCGGGACGAUCAUCACUAGAAGUCUUUGCUCAGAAAGGAGCCCCCUGAGAAUCGGCAGGGUGGCAGUACGGCGGGGUAGAGCUAGGAAUCAACCAGUAUUUUGCCUGCUGCUGUGAGUACUCACACUCUGGCCUUGCCUGGGGUUGGGAUACGGAUUCUUCCUGAAGUGCAGAUGUGAGCUGCCCCCAAACCCACACUCUAGACUCAAUUCCCAAACUCUACUUAACUGCCAACAAAAGGCCCCGGUCGCCUCCAUCUCCUUUUCCUUUACUGUCCUGCCAAGAGAAGACCCUCUCUCUGUCCCCCAGAACUGUGGGUGCUUGUGACGACCUGAGACACACACUCAUGACUGCCUCACCUGGCUGUCUCCACUUCCCUCUGUCUCCUUCCCCGUGCCCGGGCUUAGCUGCUCACAGACGCAUCUCAAACCAGCUGGCUUUGCGAUCACUUCAGGGGCUGGGGAGUGGCUGGUCCAGGACUAGGAGGAGGCUGCCCCGGAGCCGCUGGCCCAGGCCAGUCUGGUGGCACGGGCACUGCACCCUGGAGGCAGUGAGGUCAUGUUGCCGUCAUCUUCCCACCUCCAAUUCUUGCCAAUGCCGCCCACAGGUCCUUUUUCUUUCACAGGCCUGCUGGGUCUUGUCUCCCCUCUGCUGAGCUCAUCCAGAGUUCUGCUUCUCCCUUCCUCAUCAGGCCCUUGGGGACAGCCAGGCCGGGGGCAGCCCCUGGUGGGGCCGUCCCUGUGUGGGGCUGCCACGUGGCCACAGCGGCCCCCAGCUGGCACCGUCUGAGUGCCCGGGUUCCCUGCAGGGCCUGCCUGUCCCUGCUUCUUCUUGGCUCAGGCUCAACAGGCAGCAUGAAUGGGCACGACGGCCGCCCCCAUGCCUCUCCCCGCAAAGGAGGGUGACUGUUUCCAGCUCACUCAGUCGGUCUGCGUGCACAGCUGCCCCUCCAGCCAUCUCGAUACUUCCUCUUGGGACCGGCGGAGCCCCUCGUGGCUCUCAGCCCAAUCUCUAAGCGGUUCCCUCCGUUCACUCCCUUUUGGGGCGUGGUCUUUCUUAUUUAUCCAAAGGGCUUAAUUUAGGAGACUUUUACCCCAGGGGUAAAAGGCUCUUCUGGGUAGUAGGAUGGACGGUGGGCCCAGGGAUUUUCCAGGCCCUGGGUUCUCCGGAUUCCAUGGCUUCCGCCAGAUAGGGGCACCUCUGCUCUGUGUAAAUGACCGUGGGCCUCACCCCCACCCCUCAGCUGGGCACCCUUGGCAGGAAACAGGAGACCCAUUUUCACCCUGACUUACAGCCGUCCUCUCCAAGGGAGGGGGCGGCCCCUGAGAAGAUUCCUCUGGCCCUCCGGCCCCAGUGAAGGGGAAGAAGCUGGGGGUCGCCCCCUCCAGAGAGCCAGGGUGAACUCCUAAAAACAGCCCUCGUAGGGGAAGGGCAGGGCUCACAAAUGCCACUUUGCUCCCCUCUCCCACAAGGCCCUUCCCCGCUGAGGACUCCACCGUCCCCCACAGCAGGCUUUGGCCCCUGCGCCUCUGCUGAGGACUCCACCGUCCCCCACAGCAGGCUUUGGCCCCUGCGCCUCUGUGUCGUUGGGGCCUCAGCCCGGGGUGAGCUGCAGUCAGGCAGGGCGGGACGGGCAGCCAGAGGUCAGCAAGCUCCGAGCAGUAAAGAGCCAGCCAGCCCCCAAUCCUGUCUCUUGUCCACGCCCUUUGUGAUUUCAGUCUUGGUAGAACUUGUAUUUGGAGUUUUGUGCUUCAAAGUUUUUGUUUUUGUUUGUUUCAUUUUUGUUUUGAGGGGGUGGGGGGGAUCCAGAGCAGCUGAUCAAUUUGUAUUUAUUUAUUUUAACAUUUUACUAAAUAAAGCCAAAUAAAGUC